ACGUCAAUCCGUCAGUAUACGCUCUAAGUUCUCGAUGCUGCAGCCACCGUCUCCCCUCCUGGAGAUGGCGUCCCUGAGACUACCGGAUUCGGAGGAGUUUGACGUUGAUACGCGCCGCAGGAGUAAUAACGGCAACGUGCCAGCCACGACAGUCGCGACCGUGCCGCCGGGUACCGGCACCUUCCUGCAGAUGAGGGACGAUCUGGGUGAUUAUUUUAACAACCUGAUCACGGAGGCGAUCGCGACGACGAGCCCGCGUGCCACUAUGGAGGAUCAAGUCCUGUUGUUCAAUGCCAGUAAGAACCUGUCGGUGAUCGAGCACGCGUCCGAUCGGUUCUAUAGGCACAGCGUGGCCAUGUCAGCGGUCUAUUGUGUGGCUUAUGUAGUCGUCUUCGUAGUCGGUCUGAUCGGCAAUAGUUGCGUUAUCGCCGUGGUGUAUCGGUCACCUCGCAUGCGGACCGUCACGAAUUUCUUCAUCGUCAAUCUCGCGGUGGCCGACGUGCUCGUCAUUGUCUUCUGUCUGCCGGCCACGUUGAUGAGCAACAUCUUUGUCCCGUGGAUCCUGGGAUGGUUCAUGUGCAAAGCGGUUGCUUAUAUACAGGGCGUCUCCGUGGCAGCCUCCGUCUACAGCCUGGUUGCGGUCUCUCUGGAUAGGUUUUUGGCAAUCUGGUGGCCGUUAAAAUGUCAAAUCACAAAGCGGCGAGCUCGCAUGAUAAUCGUCGUAAUCUGGUUCAUCGCUCUGACAAUGACGUCACCCUGGUUGCUAUUUUUUGACUUGGUUUCCAUCUACGACGAUGAUCCCGAUUUACGUUUCUGUCUGGAAAAGUGGCCGCAUCCUAAGGACGGCUCACUGUUCUUUCUGAUUGGCAAUUUAAUUCUUUGCUACGUGUUACCGAUGAUACUCAUAUCUCUCUGCUACAUUCUCAUCUGGAUCAAGGUGUGGCGCAGGCAUAUACCCACCGAUACCAAGGACGCUCAGAUGGAGAGGAUACAGCAGAAGUCGAAGGUGAAGGUGGUCAAGAUGUUGGUCGUGGUCGUGAUACUCUUCGUCCUCUCAUGGUUGCCUCUCUACGUGAUCUUUGCUGUAGUCAAACUGGGUGGCGACGUGGCUGAGAGGGAGGACGAAAUUCUGCCGAUCGCCACGCCGAUCGCCCAGUGGCUGGGCGCCAGCAAUUCCUGCAUAAAUCCGAUCCUCUACGCUUUCUUCAACAAGAAGUACCGGCGCGGCUUCAUCGCCAUCCUGAAGAGCGGCCGGUGCUGCGGCAAACUCAGGUACUACGAGACCGUCGCGAUGAUGUCCUCCUCAACAAGCAUGAGGAAGUCCUCUUAUUACGUCAACAACAAUAAUAAUUCAUCGACGAGACGCUGGCACGGACCACCGGUCCAUCAGGAUAGCAACGUUUCUUACAUAUUCAAUCACACUGGUGUGUAAUUGUAGCCAUGUGAGUCGAAGGUGCUCUGAGGUAGCCUUUACUGUGCUGAUUCGAUACCCGAUCAACGGUAGACAAAUUGAAAGAGAACGCGGUGGCCUUUGCACCACUCUAACGCAUGGUCGAAGCCAAAAUCUGGCCGAAGUCAGCCAGUCCGAGAAUUAUGGGUCAUAAUUGUGGAUGAUCGACAUGAUUGUUACUCGGGCCGGAAGUCGUCAAUGGAAAAACGAGAGCCGGAGGAGAAGGAGCCUUUCCCGGCAGACCACGAAUCGUUGCCCUGCCAUUGCCCUUACAAAAGACAUCGUUAUUUGGAUUUUGUCACAAUGUU